AUGGGCAGGAAGCUCGCCGGCUACGGAGAGGAGGUCGCAGGUCCGGAGAUAAUGGAGGCCCCCCACAGCAACGGCAGUUUGGAGAAUCGAGAGAAGAAGAAAAAGAAGAGGGAUGAGAAGAGGAGUGAGGAGAUCUUUCCCGCGGAAGUGAAGGCGCCCGAGAGCAACGGGAGGCCCCAUGAUGAGAACAGGAAGAGCAAGAGGAAGAAGAAGAAGAAAACUGAGGGGGAGAAAACUGGAGAAGGAGAAAUAGGGGGCAUAGACGAUGGAUGCGCGAGUAGGAAGAAGAGGAAGAAGUUGGACGAGGGGAAUAAUGUGGCUAAGGGAAUAGAACAAGGGAUCGGGGUUAGGGAGGAGGCGGUGGGAGCGAUGGGUGUUUCCGUCUCCGGGAAGAAUUGGACGGAUUCCAAGUAUGCUGCCCUGAAGACAUUCUCUGACGCUGGCCUUCCCGCCAACGUGAUGGAGUGCUGUAAGAACUUUAGCAAGCCAUCCCCGAUCCAGUCGAAUGCUUGGCCUUUCCUCUUGGACGGACGGGAUUUUGUGGGUAUUGCUGCUACUGGAUCAGGUGAGGUUUUUGUGCCAUAUUGCCCAUCAUGCUCGUUUUUACGUUCCCAUUCUUUAUUUUUCCUGCACUACUGUUUUUUAUGUGCGUCUAGUUGAUGAAAUAAUCGACAGCUGUUUUUCUUAAGGCAAAACUCUGGCGUUUGGUGUCCCUGCGCUUAUGCAUAUAUUGAAGAAGAAAGAGGCCGGAAAGCUGAAGAAACCGGUCCCUCGGUGUCUUGUGCUAUCACCCACCAGGGAGUUAGCUCAACAGGUAGAUACUAUUCUAAAUUCUAUUAUACUAUUUAUUCUUGCCUUUUUUUUUUAAUCAACUAGUGCUUGUCCAAUUUGCAUGCCGUGGUCUUUUGGCUGAUUCACGAAAAUGUCAGUUUCCAUUGGGUAGGACAGCUAAUUUCCAGGCCUAAUGCCCACUAAUUUCAGUGUCGGAUUCGGUGUUUCAUAUUUCAUAGCAUGGGAUACCAAUCACCCCAAUUACUAUUUCACUGGUCAUGUUUUUCGCAAUUGACCUUCUCUGUAAUCACGAUGCUUACUUUUUUUACCUUUUUAACUAAUUAUCUCAUUAUUAGAUUCUACAAGACUACUUGCCGGAAAAGUUGUAAGAACUUGUGCAUUAACUAACGCUUUUUUACGUCGAGGAAAUCUAUUUUUCUAUGAGAACCCUUGAUGUAUCACCAGGGAAACUGUGUCCGAUGUUUACAUAUGGAGAUUCCUUGUAUCUAUGUCGAAUGUUUUUUGCACAUCCGUUUGACCCGAAGUACUACCUGUCUCACACUCUUUCUUCCCAAAAUUGGUGCAUUUUUUUAUCAUCUGUCUCCAUUUUAUGCAAUCUUCUUGUCAUUUGAUAACUCUCUUGUAUCACUUGGGAAAUGAUGAUAUCACAGAUUAGAAUCAAGAGAACACCUAUAUCUGUGCUGAAUGAUUUUUGCACGUCAGUCUGAUCCCAAAUACUCACUAGUCUCAAUGUCCUUUUUCUCUGAAGAAAUAACAUGAAAAUUAAUCCCAGUAUCACUGGGGAUGAAAUAUGUUUUUUGUUCCGGGUUUUCUUCUUGUAUCAUUUGAAAACCCUCUUGUUUCCCUUGGGAGAUGAUGAUAUCACAGAUUUGAAUCAAGAGAUCACCCAAAUCCGUGCUGAAUGAUUUUUGCACGUCAGUCUGAUCCCAAGUACCUACUAGUCUCAAUGUCCUUUUUUUCUGAAGAAUUAACAUGAGAAUUAGUCGCUGAGGUUUCAUUCUUGUAUCAUUUGGGAAGUGAUGAAAUCUCAUUUUUGUAUCAGGAGAUUACUCAGAUCUGUGUUGAACAAAUUUGCACGUCAGUCUGAUCCCAGAUACCCAUUUAUCUCGCUCUCCCAUUCUCUUGAGAGUUCACGGAUAAGUUGAUACCUGGGAAUUCCGAGAAUUGUUUUUGUUCAAGAUAUCAUUGUCGUAUCAUUUGGGAAAUGAUGAGAUCACGUAUUUGAUUCAGGAGAUCAUUCAGAUCUGUGCUGAAUGAAUUUUGCACGUCAGUCUGAUCCCAAAUACCCACCUGUUUGUCCUGAAGAAUUGAUACGAGGAAUAAUUCCCUUCGUAGUUUGAUGAAAUAUGCUUUUUAGUUGAGAAGUCCUUGAAUCAUUUGUUAAAUGAUGAUAUCUCAUAUUCAAUCAAGACAUCACUUUAAUCUGUGCUUAAUGAGUUUUCACUCAGUCUGAUCCCAAUAAUCACCAUAUCAAUUAACCGUCUCUCAAAUGUAAUGAUAUAUGUUCUCAUUCCAGAUAUCCUUUUUGAAUCAUUUGAGAAAACAUGGAAUCACAUCUUUGAAUCAAGAUAUCAUCCAGAUCUGUAAUGACCGAUUUUUACACGUCAGUCUGAUUCCAGAUACCUAUUUCUCUCGCUCUCCCUUUCUCCAUGCUAGUUGCCCCCAAAUGUGAGAACAUCUUUUUUUGUUCAUGAUAUCAUUGUUGUAUCAUAUGGGAAAUGAUGGGAUUACAUAGUUGAAUCAAGAGAUCAUCUAGAUCUGUGCUGAAUGAAUUUUGCACGUCAGUCUGAUCCCAAAUAAGCACACUUUUCGCUGAAGAAUUAUCGGAUUACUUUUUCCCGUGUCUCAGCUUGAUGAAAUGUGUUGUUCGGGAUAUCCUUCUUAAAUUAUUAGGAUAAUGCUGAUAUCACAUGUUUGAAUCAAGAGAUCAUCUUAAUCUGUGUUGAAUGAGUUAUGCUGGCCAUUCUGUUCGCAAAUGGCCACCCGUUUUCUCUGAAGAACUAUUGGAUUACUCAAUCCCCUGUCUCAGUAUGAUAAACUCUGUUUUUAUUCCAUACAUUCUCUUUUAAUCAUUUGGGAAAUGAUUAGAUCUCAUUUUUGAAUGAAGGAAUCACCCUGAUUUGUGCUGAAUGAGUUUUGCAUGUCAGUCUGAUCCCAAAUGACAUGUCCUCACAUAUCUCUUGUCAGAAUAAUUAUCACAUUAAUUGAUUCCUCCGAGGAUGUUGAAAACAUUUUAUACAAGACAUUGUUUUUAUCUUUUGGGAAAUGAUGGCCUCAGAUUCUCUAAUCAAGAGAUCCCUCAUGUCUGUGCGGAAUGAUUUUUGCUUGUCAUUCUGGUUCGAAAUAUCACAUCUUUGGCUCUAUUAUCCUCUCAACUAGUUUGAUUUUUUGUAGCCUUGUUUAUUUCUUCUGUUACUCGUAUUAUGGGACUGUUUUAAAUAGAUAAUGAUGUGAAUAGAUGAAUCAUUAAAAUCGUGGAAUUGCAAACAUAUUGAGGGCUGAAUUUUUGUUAUGCACACUGUGGGGUGAAUUUCUAUUUCUCAUCCCUGGAUUUGACAAGUUAAUCGAGUUUUCUGUGCAGAAUUCUUAUGCGAAGUAUUUAUGUGGGCUUUCUCAAUUUCCAAUAUGUAUACUUUUCUCAUAGAAGUAGGCAAAGACAUUUUAAUUCAUCAAUGUCCAAUGUGUUGUAGUUUAUUAGAAGUUUAUUUUCGUACUCAUUCACUGCAUUGUCAUAAUUGAUUUCAAGGGAAAUGCCAGAUAUUCGAUUUUUAUCUCCUUUAUUUUUUUUUGGCUUUGCUAUUGUUUUGGUGGGUACUUUUAGAAUUUUGCUUCAUGGUUGGCAUCUUUUUGGCAGUGAGAAACAUAUAACUGAAGUUUUCAGUAUACUUAUCUUCUUACUAAGAGCCAUCAUCUUUCUCCUUAAAAAUAUGAAAUACAUGAAAUUUGACGUUAGAAAUUUGGAUAUUUUUUUGAUGGGUAGAAAGAGCUAGCUUCUUAUUUGAAUGUGAAUUAAGAAAGAAGUUUGAGAUGACAUGAACAAUUUGAUGGCUUUAAUUUAGGGACUCACCAAGGAUAAUAAUGUUGUAGUUUUGAAAAUAGAUUCCUACAAAAAGUCUUACAUUUUGCAAUGCGCGUGGUGCUAUUAAGCAUGUGGAUGAUGUGUUCAAUAUCUCAGAUUGUACUUCUGAGCUGAUUUCUCAGAAGAUGUAUGAAAUUUUAAGGCAUUGUGGAUAUCUCUUGCAGAGAUAUUCAACAUCACAUGCUUCGUUUUCUUAUACUCAGGGCGAUUGGUUGCAUGGGAGACGCUCAGAAAAUCGUUUAUUGAUUUUCGCAGUUUAUUUAGUCGGAUAAUGACUUGAACCUGCUUUUCCACGGAAACAGAACAUAGGAUAGACUUAGUAUACAAGUCCAUAUUAAGCUCGUUGAAGGCCUUUGCCUAUCCAUGGAUCGUGUAAUGAUUGUUGAGACCAACUGCUCAACUUCAAAUGAGAGAAGCAUGCCCAUAUUAACUACAAUAUCAAGUGAUGAACUGCAAAAUUCUUCCUUUUAACUAGUUGAUUUGGAUACUUAUGCUAGCUUUGCGUGCUUACUAUUUUAUGGGUGAAAAGAUCCUAAACUAGGACCAGAUAGUUAGUGAAAUCGUGAAUUUAUCUAUUCACUAAAAAGAGAAAAAGUGUACUGCUUUAUCACGUGUAGUGAAGACCUUUCUUUUCAACUUUCUGACUUAGGUGUUAAUGCCGUCUUUGCUGACCCAAGACAUUACUAAACCUGAUAACUAAUGAAAUUGCAAAUUUAUUUACUCACUUACAGAAUAAAAUUGUACUCUCUGUUAUUCUGUUAGCUUCAUAACACUUUUAUAUCUUCGUCUUGCAAUUUGAUGGCAGAUUGCUGAUGUUCUAUGUGAUGCUGGUAAUUCUUGUGGUGUGAAAUCUGUUUGCGUAUAUGGAGGGACUUCCAAAGGACCACAAAUUUCCUCACUGAAGUCUGGAGUGGUAAGAUUUUGAAUUUUGAUGAGGCUUUAUUAGAGUCCUAUUCAUUAAAAUAGGUAGAUGCCAGGUGAAAUGUCUCACUUUCAUGCUCGAUAACUACGUAUCUUAAAUAUGUUCCAUUCACUUUUAAUAUUUGACAAAAUGAAAUCUAUUGUGCUGUCUAUCUUGUGUAAAACUAAAUUAUCACUGAGAAACGUCCUGCAUGGAGCGUGAGUAUUCUUGUCCCCAGAAAGAAAUGUAUGUAAACUAUUUUGGUGUGGGAUGCCACAUGCUUUGUUUAUUUUUUCGGAUGCUCAUCCUUUGUUCCUAUGUGCUCAGUUUCUUCUCCUUGGGGAAAAAGAAGCAGCAUUUGUCUAUGGAAGCUGGUGGAUCCUGUGCUCAUUUCACUGUAUUUAUUGCUAUUUGACGUUUAUUUCUGGACUGCUAAAGUGUGGAUAGUUUUUUUCUGCUUUCUUGUGUCUCCCUGAGUAUAUUAUUGUUUCUUUUAAUUUAAUAGAAUUAAAGUGCUCCACCGUGUGGCUCUAUCAGUGAAAGCGGUGGUUUAGAUCGUCCUCUUUUCCUGGAAAUGAGAUCAAUUUUUCUGAGCUAGUUAAUGAUUCCAUUUAAGGAUACAGCCCAGUCUUCUGUAUAACUUUUUGCGAAGUGAAUAGUACCAUUAAUAAUUGAUUACGAAAAGAGAACUUUGUCCUAUCCCAACAUGGCGUAGGUCAUAUUAAAAGUGCAGUUAUCUCCAAAAUGAUCCUUCCUCGUCACACCGACAUCUUGCACGCUUUGUGAUCUCGUCACAAGCCUGGCCUGAAAUCUUGACUGCAUCUUCAUGUUCCCUUCUAAAUUUGCAUGUUCUUUUCUCUCUAGAGACUGUUGAACCUUGGCAGUAGAAAAACUCAUCUAUUUGCCCUGGGUACUGCCACUUUAUAUCAAGUUUAAAGUAUGCCAUCUGCCAAUUCUCUUGUGAAGAGGAACAUCCGAUGUUAUUUUUGAGGCAGCAAAGGAAUAGUAAAAGUAAUUAACUUUUACUAUUGGAGAAAUGACAGCUUAUACAAAACUUUUCAAACUUACCAAUUAAUGCAGUAACUCCAGAAAUGUAUGAGAUUAGAGGAAUUGUUUGGACACUCUAUAAUAAGAUGAUAGCACCCUUCCCUAGAUGCAAGGCUUGUGUCCACUCAAACACAGUGAAAGAAGAAAGACUCCAAACCUUUAAUUUGGUCUUGUGUAAGUAGUAGAUCAGUUCGAUCAGCUUCAAAUCCUAGUCAGAUUACACAAUUUAAUCUACAAUAGGCUUUCAGAUAUCAUAACUUGUAGAAGUGUUAAAAGCAUGGGAUUUCAGAUGAGAAAGCGUUCAAAUAUCUUGUUAAAAGUUAGAAACAUGGGAUUUUAGUGCAAAAGACUACUCUGGAUCUCUAAAUUAGAUGGGGAGGUCAACCUAUGGAGAAUUUUGUACCUUGAAGCUCUAUUUCCUUGAUUGUAAGGCCGUAUUAAUGUUGAUAAAUUGAUAUAAUUUCUUUGGAGGUUAGUAGUGGUUGGUGGAACAGGGAGGAUUGUGCAGAGAGAUGGUGUGUGCGGGAGGGAGGGAGGACAGCUGAAUCAUCAGCUAGCCCCUGUAAAGGGAGGAUUGACAGGUCUGUCAACCCGAGGAAAAGCCUUGUUGAUGUGUAAAACCAAGGAAACUAAAUGAGAAGUGGACAACUUUAUAUGGUUCUCAGACCUUUUUACAAAAAAGGAUAUGAAUACAAUGAGGUUUGACUAUGAAUUACAGCUUCAAGCAACAGUUUUCUUCAGUAGGGACUGAGGUAUACUUUACCUAGCUGUCGUCGAAAUUGUUGUGCUUUUAUUUGAAUGUGGCCGGUGGAUUUUUUUAAUGAAUCUAUAGGUAUCCUAUCUUUGUUACUUUCUGCAGUCAACAUCUCUAAAAUGACAUCUCUUUCUGCCAGUGGAUCUUUUGAACCAAGAGAAUUGUCUGUCACAUUUGUUUGCUCUCCUUUUUUCUUUUUAUUUACUACUGUCAUGCAAGUUUGUUUGUAUGAAGUGGAGUUUAGUUUUUGAGAUUCUUAGCUCUUUAGACAAAUAGAACUGCCUUUUUCGUUCCAGAGUUUUUUCUUAAGGUGUAGUCUAAUUUUUCCAUGAUGAUCUUUCUCUAUCGUUUCAGGACAUAGUUAUUGCGACUCCUGGCCGUUUGAAAGAUUUAAUCGAAAUGGGGGUUUGCAAUCUCAAGGAUGUCUCUUUUGCGGUGAGUAUAAUGUGGCAACAUGAUAAAAGGUUUAUCUUACUUUAACACUUUUAACGGUGAAUGUUCGUCUGAUUUUUGUUAUGAUUUCAUGCUUAUGAACUUGUCUUGGUUGGAUGUUUCUUAUCUUUGAUGUUAAAAUGUCUAGAAGAAUGUUAUUAUAAUGGGUGGAUUGAACUUGAGGUCUGUAGUUUUGAUCUCGAUUUUCCGGUCACUAGACUGGAACUGUGUCUUUUAUCCAAGCUUUCAAAUUUGUUUGAAUGUUACUUACUGUUUUUAUUAUUUUUGGCUGUUUUUACAUUAUAUAGUGAUCAAUUUGCAUACUUUGCAGUACAUGUACUAAAAAGAACGAUGCUGAGGGCAGGCAAGGGAAAAGUCCUCUGCUGUUGUUGUCGUUUUUCAUCCGCAGUCUACUUUGCCCUUGGUCUCCUAAGACUAUCACUGCCUCUUCAAUAAUAACUUCGUUGAUGUGGAACUAUAAUUUUUCUUGAAACUGGAACUGGUCGGUAUAGAAAAGGUUUUUGGAGGGUAAACAAUACUGUGUGGAAAGCUCGUAUUAUUAUAUUAUUGUGGAGAUUUGUAUCUAUUAUUUGUUUUGAGUUGACUAGAUUCCCUAGGUAAUCGUGCUUUGCCUUGGUGUUCACUCGAAGCUUGCAGUUACAUUUCAUUCAUAUUGCAAGUUUGAUGUCGACUUGAACUUUUUCUAUUACUUUUUGAAACUGAAAAUUGUGCACCUGUGGGCAACCAUUCUGAUCCGAAGGAUGCCUUACUGCCAUUCUUGUUGUUAGGAAAUUGUGGUUUUGUCCUAGACAGAACUGGAAUAAGAUGAGAGCGUACUAGGCAAUCCCAGUGGUUUCCCUAUUUCUUCUUCCAGAGUUUUCUUUUCAAUUUUUUUUUGGUUGGAGCCUUUAGAUCUUUGCCAAUGAUAUACAAGGACGAAAGUCCUUGAUAGAAAACUCUUUUGUGCAAUGGAAACUCAUACAAAUUAUUGAAAGAUUUGGCCAUUGUUGGUCACGUAUUCAGCAAUGCGCCUCCUUUCUUCAAUGGAGGAAGAUUUCUUUUUUAAUACUCUGUUCUUCUUGUCUCAUUUCAACGCUUUGCUUUACAAUGCUUGAUUGAAUAACUUGGUUAUUUGUCUUUUCUUGAAAUUUUUGAUUUCUUGAUGAAAUUGAUCAUGGACUUAUUUAUAGGUUCUUGAUGAAGCUGACAGAAUGCUUGACAUGGGAUUCGAGCCAGAAGUUCGGUCUAUCCUAAGUCAAACAUGUUCCAGUUAGUGACUUCUUUCUUUUCCUUUUAUACAAGUUAUGCUCCAUGUUUGCUCUUUGCAAGAUUGUCUAGUUUGACGUAACUUAUAUCUUUCUAAAUGGUUUAGUUCUCUUAAGUAACCAGUAGGGUGAAUGGCUAUUAGCUAAUAGUUCGUUGUUAUUUCUAUUGGCAGUCUAAGAAGUUGACUAUAAUAACAAGAGCUUUUGCCUUUAUCAAAUAAGAUGUUGAUCAAGUUUCAUGUCAGAUUGUUUUUGUUUCUUGAGCAAAAUUGAGUAAAAUAAUGUUUUCCCUUUGGAUGUCAGUAGUACGACGUACCAGUCUUCUUUUUUAUAUUUUCCCGUCCUUCACUUGUUGUACUAUCAUCAAAUUUAUCCUCCAUCCUUGUCUUCUUCCCAAACUUUCCAAUGCACUUUGGGUUGUGGAAACAUCCUUAUUUAUGGGUUGUGUCUUGUUCGUCUCCUACUCACGCAGACAAAUCAGAAGGCAGUUGUGUAUUUGAUUUAACUCUCGUUAGUACGUCGCUGAAAAAUUAAUUGAACUUUGAUUUAAGCAUACCAAAUUUAGUGAAACAGUGUAAAUAUAUUUUAUGUUUCACUUUUUUUGCACAUGCUUUUAUGGUCAAUUAACAAGAUAUCUCUCAAUGAGACUUACUGAUUGGGAGUUUGGAGUCGUAGAUGAAAUUGAUGGUUUUUUACGAUGUGAUAAAUUUGGUGACGGAAGUUAAAAGUUUUAUGGUUUAACAGAUAGCUAUGUGCAAGGGUUUAAUAUGUAAAAUUAUGUUCCUUUCCCAGGUCGCCAAAUGGUCAUGUUUAGUGCAACAUGGCCUCUAGCUGUUCACCAGCUAGCUCAGGAGUUCAUGGAUCCGGAUCCAGUUAAAGUAUGCUUCUUAACGUGAGGUUUAACCCCUUUUUUUAACAGCUUGGUCCAUUCCUAAUAAUUGAUUCAAUUCAGGUUGUUGUGGGAUCGGAGGACUUGGCUGCUAAUCAUGAUGUAAUGCAGAUAGUUGAGGUAUAUUGCAUGCCGUGGCAUAUGACCCGAUAAUUUUGUUGCUAUUAUUUUCUCUAUUUAUCUGAAGAUGGAAAACUGAUUGUAUGUAAGUUCCCCUUCUCAGGUUUUGGAUGAUCAAUCACGUGAUAAGCGUCUGGUUUCCUUGCUUGAGAAAUACCAUACAUCUAAAAGGUAGUCAGUUUUGCCUUACUUUUGAUAUAAUUUUUCUCCCUUCUUGUUCAAUGCCAUUUUACAUCUUCCUUCUGAAAUAUGGGUGGAACCCUGUUUGAUUUAUUGGCAUGAAACAUCAACAAUAUUCCGGAUAAUAUAGCAGCUUGCGUUGUUGCCCGUCCUUGCAAUUAAGGGGAAUGGCUGAAUUCUAAUAAUAUUCUAGAAGCUUCUGAUUGACAGAAAUGGAGAGGUAGAAAUCAGAAGCAUGGUCAUGAUUUCUUCAAAGCCGAUCAGCUAGCCAUUUGUCUUAGAUCACGUACUAACUGCCUGUGUAUACGUAUUUUAGACCCAUAGUUGUCACUGUACGGGAGGGUAUUUAUGUUUAAAUACUAUAUGAGAUCCUAACAUUGGUAAAAGAUGAAAGAAAAUUUAUUUAAGUCAACCUGAUCUAAAGUUCGAUUUCCGUCAAAAGUCAAAAAUGUACGGCUGAAUUCGGAUUCAUUCAUGAAAAUAUUUGUAGUCUCAGGUAGAAAUUUAAGACAGCUUUGUUAUGGACCAAGACCAUUUGCAUUUGCAUUCCUAUGCCCUUGAUCUGCCUACAAACUUGUUGAACUUUUAUAACCCAUCUAAACUAUGGAAUAUGGAUUGUCCGAUCAUUUAAAUAUUUAUUUCAUGCCAAUAUUCUGCGACUCUUUUUUCCCAUUUUACACUGCCCUUCCAAUUAUAGUAUGAUGUUGUACCUUUUUUCCGGACAGUGCCAGUAAUCUGGUGAGCAUCUUUUUUCAGAAUUUGAUUAUUUUCCGUUAAUUGUCCACAAUUGUGGUAUUAAUGUUUACCUGCACAUUCAUGCAUGUGACUCUUUACCUUAAAAUCUUUGAACAGCAACAGAGUGCUUGUCUUUGUGUUGUACAAGAAGGAAGCAGCUCGUGUUGAAACUAUGCUUCAGAGGAGGUACCGGCCACUUACAUUCAUGUUCAAAAUUUGCGAAUCCUCCUCUCAUUUUCUAUCUACAUUACCGUUGGGUAGUAUCUAGUGUUAGGCAAUGUUUCGUGAUUAAUGAUUUGUGCGGAUUCGCUCGCCCUGCUUUUGAAGAGGCUGGAAGGUCGUUUCCGUUCAUGGCGACAAGGCUCAGAAUGCUCGUACAGAGGCUCUUUCCUUGUUCAAGGAUGGAAAAUGCCCUUUAAUGGUAAGCCGUGUUCUAGAUUGCAUGGACUCGUUCGUUAAUCUUCACACAGUAUGACUUGUACAUUGGGAAAACAAAGUUGUGGGAGGGAUAAACACUAAACCCCAACCCCAGCUGCUUGCACUUCAUAUCUUGGAGAGAGAAAAGUGUGAAUCCAACUGUUCUUCUGAGUGGGUGGCAUCGCAAUGAAUAUAAUCUCUCUCUCUCUCUCUCUCUCUCGCUGUAGAUUGCCACGGAUGUUGCAUCUCGGGGGCUGGAUAUUCCUGAUGUGGAGGUGGUGAUCAACUAUAGCUUUCCUCUCACCACAGAGGAUUAUGUGCACAGAAUCGGGAGAACAGGUCGUGCAGGCAAGAAGGGCGUUGCUCACACUUUCUUCAUGAGGGAAAAUAAGGUAUGUUCCAAGCCUUUUUUGUGUGUUCCAAGCAGAUCUAAGGGUUUCAUUAUUUUUAUCUUAAUUUCUAUUAAUAUUAUAGGGCCUCGCUGGAGAGCUUGUAAAUGUUCUCCGAGAAGCUGGGCAGAUUGUACCUGAAGCGCUCACAAAAUUCGGUACUCAUGUCAAGAAGAAGGUAUGUUCCUCGGAUGUUCAGGCUUUUCUUCUUCCGAAAUGUUGACCAGAUGUUUGGGUUUGGUGGUUUCAUUAUGAAAUAUUUUUCUAAAUAGUUGGGAUGAUGGGUAAUAUUAAUAUCCCUAAUUGAAACGAAUCUGUGAAUUAUACAUGUUCUUGAAUUAAAUUACUAUUUUAAAUGUGAAAUGAAGCUUCAGCAAGCUAUAAAUAUCUUUCAUUAUGAAAUAUUUUUCUAAAUAGCAGGGAUGAUGGGUAUUAUUGAUGUCCCUAAUUGAGAAGAAUCUGUGAAUUAUACCUUUUUUUAAUUAAAUUACUAUUUUAAGUGAGAAAUGAAGCUUCUGCGAGCUACGAAUAUUAUUCUCACGGCCACAGAUUGAGUACAGGUUUAGACACAAAUCUGGAUGUUUUCAGAAUGGAGCAAGUGAUUUCGUAGUACUUGAGAAGCAUCAAACAAAUUGCAAAUAUCCACAUAACCACAGAUUAAACACGAUUGAUGGGUAUUAUCUUGUUCUUAAUUUUCAUGAAAAUCUGUGCCUUGGAUAUAUUUUUCUACCGAUUGAUGGGCAUCAGCCGCAGUUCCAACCCAGAUGAUCACCAUUGGCUCAUUCCCCCUCUGAAGGACAUAUCAUAACCUUUAUUUAUUUAUUUCCCUUCAGGAGUCCAAGCUAUAUGGAUCCCACUUCAAGGAGAUUGGGAUCGACGCGCCCAAAUCUACCAAGAUCACCUUCGACAACUCCGAGGAAGAUUGA